CACCAGAAUAGUAGAGAGUCAUCAUCGGCCUAAGCUGAUAUCAAUUAUGAGUGUGAGAGAAAGAGAGAGAGAGCCGAGUUGCAGAGAUACAUAUUUGGAUCUCCUUUGAGUUUGAGCCUUGAGGUACUAAAAAACUGAAGAAAAGGAAAUGUGCCUUUGCAGUAGUAUGCUAUAAACUGGUAAAAUAAAUGGAUUUGGAGUCGGUGAAGAGAUUAUUAGAGCGAGGAGAAGAGGAGAGUCAGAAUGCUUCGAUCGAUGCAGUGUCCAACAAAGCUAAGUUUUUCGACCCUUUUAUCUGGGAAGGCAUUCAAUUCGAUGUCAUCGAACCAGGUCGACUUGUCUGCUCCUUGAAAGUCCCUCUUCGCCUUCUGAAUUCUGGUAACUUCCUGCACGGCGGGGCGACGGCAAUGCUAGUAGAUAUAAUUGGGGCAACCACACUCCAUACUGUUGGAGGUCAAACAACCGGUGUUUCUGUUGAGAUCAAUGUCACCUACUUGGAUGCUGCGUUUGCAGAUGAAGAAAUUGAAAUUGAGGGGAAAGUGUUACAUGUUGGGAAGGCAAUUGGAAUCGUCAGUGUCGAGUUGAGGAAUAAGAAGACUAGGAAAAUAAUUGCACAGGGACGUCACACUAUCUUUCUUACUGUACCUAGUAAAUUAUAAGGGUCCUAUUUACUUUUUCCAUUUCCUGUUCAAAUGAGCCAUCUUUCCAUUGCCAAAAGGAGAAAAUUGAUUGGUGAACCAAUAAUUUGUCAGUGUUAUGUGCUAAAUCUAUCUGUAAAUUGUUGCAUAAUCUGAUGUUAGAAGUCUCAAUGGGCAUUGUGAUCAGGAUUAGAUCCCUGACAAACUAGUA